AUGGAUAUCACAACAGUUGUACACGCAAAUCCUUCGUCGCCAACAGGUGCUAGAAAUCCUCUACUGCCAAGAACAACAUCACCUCAACCGGCGCCGGCAAAGAAUAUUCGCCGCAAGGGAUCUUUCAUCAGACCGACCGACUCUUCGGAAGAAUCUCCAAUGAGUUCUAACAAUUCAAUAUUCGAAGCAUUUUUGUUUUCCAACAGUAAUAGCGAGGAUAGUGUAUAUAAAUCUGAUACAUUGCUACCCUCCAAACAACUAGUUUGUGAGGCGUCUCCACCCAACGACGAAAAUAUGAGGCAGUCGUCAGUCUCUAUUCCAUCCAAACCCAUAACAAACAUCGAGUUUCUCUAUGGCCAUGGCACUGUCCUCGAUACCAUAACGGAACAAAAGAGUUAUGGUACCAUGCGUAGCAUCACUCGCACCAAAUCUGCAGACGAUAUAUCCACCAUUCGAAGUAUCGCCCGUACCAAAUCCGCCGACGAUAUCUCCACCAGUCCACUUCUCGGUCAUCGCGAUAGCUUCACACAAGCAAAAGAUUGUCCUCGACGCCAGCAUUCCUUCAGUCUAGACGAUAUAUGGUCCAUCAAAGAUUCGUACCACGACGCAUGCGCCAUGAUCGAUCAAGUUACCCGACGUCGAUUAUCCAUCCACGAAGUAUACGCUCAACCCAAAGAGCCUCUGCUCGCUCCUCCCGAGCGUCCUGAUACACCCCCAGGAUGUCCUUCGUGGACCGAAGCACAGCGACCCGGUCCACGCCAACAUCUUGUACCCCAUCAUACUCGUCUGCAACGACUGUUGCGAAUGCCCUCUUCGGGACUUGUUUUUUCGCCAACUCCCUCGCGAUCUUUCUUUUCGGGUAGAGUCGUAUCUGCACCUGGACUUACACGUCUUCCUCCUCGCUUUAGGGUUCCCAGAAGCGUAUACUCAGCCAUCGACACGCAUCCCUUUAGCGACGCUCCCAUCCAUAAAACCGACUCCGAAGCACCCAUCGAAGCACCCCGUCCAAUCGCUGCCCCCAUCCUCACCGAGUAUCCCCGCACAUCUUCAAUUCCCUGCGUCACUCCCAUCACAACCCCAAUAUCAAUAUCCAAAGCCAAAAAAAGAUCGAAAUCCAAACUCGUGCGCUUCACCCCCUCAGCCACAGCUCGCGAUUCCGAAAUGGUCAACCUGCAACAUGCCAUGGAAGCAACCAUAUCGACAGCUCUCCAUCCUCUUGUCGAUCGUUCCUCAUACAAUCAACAUAUCCUCUCACCCUCAAAACCCAAUUGUCCCCAUCGAAAAGGUAGACAACAAAUUAUCAAAGACAUGAACGGCAGAUUUUCACCCAUGAAUAUCAAUGCAUACCAUGCUCCCCCCAGCAACGAAUAUGUCCCCCUCUCAUCCGUCGCUUCGCUUCCACGUCUUACUCUUACGCCCAGUAUCCGCGGUAUGAGAUCUCUCGGAGAUUCCACCACUUCACUCUAUCCUCCCUCUCAAUUCCCCUCGCGAAACUCCACUUCGCUCGAUAUCAGCAUCGCAGAUCAAGAUCGAGAUCGCAGAAUAUCCAUAUCUCCUUCAUUAAUCAGUGAUAUGAAUGCAGAAUAUACGAUUCAAUCCGAUGAUAUCGAUCUUGGCAUCAUCGAUUUGGAAAAUGAAUAUCGUACGAAUUUGAGUGGGUAUUCGAUGAUGAGUACACCGUUGACACCGCGUCCUGUGAGUGCGGGUACGAGUAUUUCGAAUGGGAGUAGGAAUGAAUAUUUCAUGACCGGCGCAUUACAUGUUCCCGAAGGAACGCAAGCACAAGCACGAGCGGUUCAUGUGCCGAUUAUGACGGGAGCUAGGAUGUUGAAUGUAGGCUCGGGGAGUGGGAGUGGUAGUGGUAGUGGGAGUGGAGGUGCGAACGGAAGUCCUGAGUUGAGGGGUAUGAGAAUGCACAGGAAUGGGAAUGAGAGAUUUAGGAUGAGUAACGAAGUAAUCAACGAAAGAAGAGAGCCGCAACCGCAAACGCAAUCGCAGAAACAAGAGCGGGGAAAAGAUGCAGAGGCGGGUAUCUGUUGGAAAUGUAAAAUCUUGGGUGUGAAAAAUAGGGUGGAGGGUUGGUUAGAAGGAAGUGCGGAGUGGCUUUGCUUUGUUUGUUGUGGGGGUGGGAGGUGUAAUGAGGAGUUUGUGGGGGAGAGUGAGAGUGAAAGGGAGAGAGAGAGGGUGAGGGAGAGUAGGAGGAGAAGGAUGAGUGUACUGGGUGGGGUGCCGGGGGUGGGUAUUUGA